AUGGUUUUGGGGUGGGAACUUCGGGCUUGCAUCUUACUUAGCCUUUUCCUUCAAAUCUUCUUAGCUGUUGCUGGAACCUUUAGGAGGUUAGCAUCCCAAAGAAGGAUUGUCAAGAUUAUCUGGUUAGCAUAUCUGCUUGCCGAAUUUGUUCCUGUUUUCGGGCUGGGACUCAUUGUCAGCAAGCAAAGUUUGUUAUAUUAUUCAGACGCCGAUUCAGCCCCUAUAGGUUCUUCAAAUUCCGUGGAUGACCACUUUGAAGUUCAUUGCUUUCGGAGCAACAAGGUUGUUGCUUGCGGAGACGAAAAUAUUCUCAUGUACUGUGCGGCCUUUUUACUCGUACAUCUUGGUGGUCCAGACUCCAUCACUGCUUUCGCGAUGGAGGACAAUGAACUGUGGCUCAGAAAUUUGUUUUAUCUGGCUUCAAAAUGCAUUGCGGUAGCUUACGCGAUCUAUCAGUCUGUACUGACUAUUCACAAAGUACAGGUCCCUGUUCUGCUCUUGUUUUUGUACGGGAUUAUCAAGUGCACUGAGCGUACGUGUGCUCUGUAUUAUGGAAGUGCUAAAAGCUUUCGCAAUUCCAUGCUUUCAAAGAGUAACUCGGGGUUCAAUAUUAUUCCAAUAAUCGACAAAAGUCUGAUUGAAAUGAAUGUGAAGGAUUUUGAGCAUGUAGAAGUCCUGCAAAAUGCCUUUUUACUAUUCACGGUGUUCAAAGGACUUGUAGUAGAUCUCAGUGUCAGCAUCCUUGAACGCAACCAGAGCCGUGACUUGUUCCUUGCAAAAUCUAGCGCAGACGCUUUUAGGCUUGUUGAAGUAGAGUUGAAUUACCUCUAUGAUGUUCUUUUCACCAAAAUCCCAUUGUUGCAUAGCAAACUUGGACUCUGCUGUCGAAGCCUGUCCUUUAUUGCAGUUGUUUCUUCCUUGGUGCUCUUCAAUUCAAGCUCUGAAGGCUAUCACCACACUAAGGAAAUGUUUCCCUACAUUUUGUUUUCAGGAGCAAUUUUCCUAGAGGUAAUUGCAUUUUAUAUGCUCCUUUUCAGCGACUGGACAGUCGUUAAGCUCGAGCCUCUUUCUGAAGCAUUCCCCCACCGCAAUUUAUGGAAAGAUAAGUUCCUUAAGUGCAUACUGUUUGUUAACCGUACUAGAAAUGAUUUCUAUCAUUUCUUCCUUCGUCAUGUAGGAGUAAAUCAUCAUAUCGGGUCCGAAUUUUCUGAUGGCAGGUGGGCUAAUUCUUUUUCAACUUUCAACUUGACAUGUUAUUGUUUACAUAGAUGUUCAAAAGGAAGGGAAAAAAUUUAUACUUCCUUGCGCCUUCUCCGGUUGUUGAAUGGGUUUGUGUAUGUACAAUCACAACCACUCUCCCAAUUCAUAGCCAGUUUCAUUUUCGAUGAGCUAAAAAUGAAAUCAGAGAUAGCGGAGACUGUAGUCGUUGCAAAACAAAAUAUGUUCGUCUAA